AUGUUUGGUUUUGGCCUUGAGUGGUCGCGUAGCAGUGAGGUUAUUGAUCUUGGUCAUAAGCGAUACUGGGAUCUUCCAGAAGGUCUAAGGAAUGACGGAGCCAAAAUUGAUGAGCAAAUAGUUCCAUUCCUGGUGCCUUGGCCUGGUGGCGAGGGUCGAUCCUGUGCAACGCUGCUCUGCUCUCGGGUACAGGGAGGGACGGGCCUGGAACUGGUCCACGCGGUGGAGAUUCCGUCGUCCCCCGAGUCGACGGUGUAG